CCUCCUUCCUCUCUACUCCAAAAAAAAUUCACUUCGCUAGGGUUUUCGAUUUCGUCUAUUUCUUCAAUUCUAAUCGAUUCAGAAACCCAAAAAUCUGGUGUAAACAGUCUCUCGUUUUGAUCUUUCAAUGGAUUCUCGAGAUUCGUUGUCAGCUGUAUCAUCCGACGCCGCGAGAGAUGCGUCGUCACUCUCCGAAGACGCCGUUCUCUCUGUUACCUCUACACUCGCUAAGUCCGCUUUAUCUUGCUUCCAAUCUGGGGAUUUCGAAGAAUGUAUCGACAUUUUGAUUCAGCUCGAUCAGAAGAAGCAUAACGAUCCUAAGGUUCUACACAAUAUGGCAAUUGCAGAGUACUUCAAGGGUGGUUGCUCGAAAUCCAAGAAAUUGCUGGAAGAGCUUAACUGUGUCAAGAAACAGAGUGAAGAACUUGCUUCUGCAGCAAGAGAACAAGUGGAAGCUGUAAACCCUGGAACUAACGCAUCUGUGUCAAAGUAUCAAUAUGAUACUACAUUAACAAUUCUCAACAUUGCAGUUACCUGGUUUCAUAUGCAUCAGUAUGCAAAAUCUUCAUCCAUUCUAGAACCUUUGUUUCAAAAUAUUGAGCCGCUAGAUGAGACAAUCGCACUUCAAAUCUGUUUCUUGUUGCUGGAUAUUGCACUGGCUUGCCGUGAUGCUGUUAAAUUUCUGGCUGUGUUUGACUAUAUGGACAAAGCUUUUUGUGUUGGUUUUGGAAGUCAUGAAGAAAAUGGUACAAUGCAACUUUCUUCCAAUCAGGUAUCAAAGACAUCUUCUCUCCUGAGCAGCUCGGUGGUUUCAGAUACUUUGAAGUCCGACUUAACAGCCGCCGAAAGUAGUUUGUGCGAGGAAACUCUUGAUUAUGACAAUAUGCUAGCAGAAAUGGAGGCAGAGAAACGAAUGAAGCCUGUCGGCCACAUUCCAGCAAACAAUAUUCUCAAGACAUUAAGCGAAAGGUCAUUCUCGACUGCUGAUCUGAAACUCGAGUUGCAACUUUACAAGGUCCGAUUUUUGCUUCUUACCAGAAACUUGAAACUGGCGAAGCGUGAAGUUAAACAUGCAAUGAACAUUGCUCAGAAAAGGGACUCUUCUAUGGCUCUCCUCUUGAAAUCCCAGCUUGAGUAUGCUCAUGGGAAUCAUCAAAAGGCUAUGAAGCUUCUGGUGGUCUCUGGUAUUCAAAAAGAAGCAGGGACUUCAGGAAUCUUCGACAACAACCUUGGUUGCAUAUACUAUCAGCUUGGAAAGUAUGAAGCUUCCUCUCGGUUAUUUGCAAAAGCUCUAAGGAGCUGUUCAUCACUUCGAAACAAGAAACCAGUGAAGAUGUUUUCUCUCUCACAGGAUAAGUCUUUGUUAAUCACCUACAACAUGGGUUUGCUUUAUUUGGCGCGUGGGGAGCCUCUACUUGCUGCUCAAUGUUUCCAGAAGGCAAGUGUAGUUUUCUGCAGACAACCCCUCAUUUGGCUCCGUUUAGCUGAAUGCUGUAUAAUGGCUUUACAAAAGGGCCUUUUGGAAGAGAGAAACACUUCUUUGGAUAGAUCAGAAAUCAGAGCCAAUGUAGUUGGGAAAGGGAAGUGGAGAAAACUUUUGAUUGAAGAAAAUGGACAUGUGGAACAUGCUGGUAGUACUCAGUGCCGAAAGCUUUCGUUACCACUGGCACGGGCCUGUCUCUCAAAUGGUAUAUAUCUGCUCAAUGAGUCUCUCUUGAGUGAUUCUAAAUCAGAUCUUCAAUCGACAUUAUCCGUGGGGACGAAUGAGACCCAAGAAGCAUCAUCCGCUGAUCAUGGGGAUGCUAACACGAACUCAGACUUGAAAGAGACAAAAGGAGGAAUGAACCAGGACAUAAUCCAAAACUCCCUCUCUGCUUUCAAGGAUGUUCAAAGUAGAGAAAAGCAAUUGCUUAAACAGGCACUGCUUGCCAAUACGGCAUAUGUUGAACUGGAGUUGGAGGAUCCUAUCAAAGCCUUGUCGGCUGCUAAUUCACUCUUGCAACUUCCUGAUUGUUCAAAGAUUUAUGUUUUCUUAGGCCAUAUUUAUGCAGCAGAGGCCCUCUGCUUGCUCAACCGUCCUGUUGAAGCUGGCGCACAUUUAUCUGCCUAUCUAGUUGGACAGGAUGAUUUUAAAUUGCCAUAUGCUCAAGAAGACUUUGACCAGUGGCGUAUGCACACAAGCUCUGAAUGUGAAGAGACAUCGGACUCGCCAACUGGAAACACCCGGGAUUCUGUUUUCCUAAAGCCCGAAGAAGCUCGUGGAGCACUUUUUGCAGACCUUGCAGCGCUACUUGCCACACAAGGACAUCAUGAACAGGCCAAACACAUGAUAACAAACGCAUUAACUCUCUUACCAAACAACGUACAAGCGACAGUUACAGCAAUCUACAUCGACCUCAUGUUGGGUAGGUCACAAGACGCCAUUACUCGGUUAAAACAGUGUACCCGUGUGAGCUUUGUUCCAGGCAGAUUGGAAGUGAGAGCCUCGUAGAAGAAGAUAACAUACUCUUAAAAACGGUAUGGUUUUUUCUUAUUUUCAAAUCCAAGCUUUAGAAAAUUAGAUCGUUCUAUAAAUAUAUCAGAGAAUAAGCUUUUGUACAAGUUUUUAUUUUAUUUUUUUGUCCUUGUAUUCUUGACUUAGAUUUUGGAUCGUCAGAGGGGUUAGUCUAUUUCUUGUUCAUGAACGAACAACAUAAGAUUUGGUAGAAGAACAAAACACAAGUUUUUUCUUUUUUUUUUGUACCUUGUUUAAUUUUGUUUCAGAACAAAACCCUUUAAUUCAAUUUACUUUGGGUUUAGCUUU